CCGAAUCGCGAGCUGCUCUCCACAAUGAUCCUCCCUGCGAAGCCCUCCGACCGGCCCCUGACUGCCAGCAGCGAGAGGCGAGCCCUCAUUCGCUGAGCUGACGCCUGGCUCCCCGCCCCCCGCCCCGUUACUCUCGCUCUGGAAAUUACAACUCCUGGGCGCUUGGCGCGGCGGGCGCGGGAGGCGGCGGGGCCGGGAGGGGAUUCCCGAGCCAGCGGGCGCUCGCUCCCCGCCCGCCGCUGCUGCGUGGUGAGGCCAAGGUCAGGGGCGCCGUAGGAAUCGGAGCUGGCGAGACGAAUCGGGGACGCGGGUCAAUACCGGUCUGCGAGGAGGCAGCUCCGAGAGCAGUGGCCGGGGAGCGGGACGGCGACAGCCUCCGGGCCGGGUGAUGCCGAGGUGGCCGCCGCAGCGCAGCAGCCUGGAGGGCGGUGCGCACCUGGAGUCCGCACUGACUCCUUCUCCGCCCGCUCGCGGGCGCUGUCCGCCGCCUGGUGGUGCUGAACCAGAUCUGGCCCAGCCGCUCGUGCUUCUGCCAAGAGCUGGGUAGGGGCGGGGCGCUCGGAGAAGAAGACUCCGGGCAACGACGAUGCGGAGCCCAGCUCAGUAGCCUAGCUGGCUGACAGCAGCGGCCACUCGUCCUGCAUGGAGGGGAGGCACGAGGAAUCCGGACGGCGCUGCUGCAGCUGAUUCAUCGCCCGGACAACCUCGGAGGCCACCGUGAGGGCUGCCCGCCACCUUCAGACGGUCGCCUCUGGUGCGGGAGCCUCGCCCGCAGGAGGUGAGGACCCCUCCCUUCUCUGGCGGCCAAGCCACUUAGGGCGGUGGCCUGAGGACAGAAAGGGGCGUGCUCCCCGCGAGUGAAGACGGCAUGCCCGUGUAAUGCGCCCGCCUCCUGUCUCAAGCAGCGCGGAUCUCCUCCGCCCCGCUGCUCUUGUCUUCCGAGCUUGACCAUUCUUCGCUGGUCCCGAGCGGCGAUGGAGGAGGAGCUGAAAUGCCCCGUGUGCGGUUCCCUGUUCCGGGAGCCCAUCAUUCUGCCCUGCUCUCACAAUGUCUGCCUGCCUUGCGCCCGCACCAUCGCGGUUCAGACACCGGACGGCGAGCAGCACCUGCCCCCGCCGCUCCUGCUUUCGCGUGGUGCCGCCGUUGCUGCCGCCGCCGCGCCCCCUCCGGAUCAGGACGCUGCUGCGGGUGCGACCUGCGGAGGCGCCGGAGCUAGCACAGCUGGAGGCCUGGGCGGCGGGGCGGCUGCAGGUGGAGACCACGCGGACAAGCUGAGCUUGUACAGCGAGACUGACAGCGGCUAUGGCUCCUACACCCCUAGCCUCAAGUCCCCCAACGGAGUCCGCGUGCUGCCCAUGGUGCCUGCGCCCCCGGGCUCUUCUGCCGCCGCGGCCCGGGGCGCUGCCUGCUCCUCACUCUGCUCAUCCUCCAGCUCCAUCACCUGCCCUCAGUGCCACCGCAGCGCCUCCCUGGAUCACCGCGGUCUGCGAGGCUUCCAGCGCAACCGGCUGCUGGAGGGCAUAGUGCAGCGGUACCAGCAGGGCCGUGGGGUAGCUGCGGGGGCAUCUGCAGCCCCAGCGGUGGCCAUCUGCCAGCUGUGCGACCGCACCCCACCGGAGCCGGCAGCCACUCUCUGCGAGCAAUGCGACGUGCUCUAUUGCGCCACCUGCCAGCUCAAGUGCCACCCGUCCCGGGGCCCCUUCGCUAAGCAUCGGCUAGUUCAGCCACCGCCGCCUCCCACACCCCCAGAGGCUAGCCCUACUUCAGUCGGCACAUCCACCACUCCCAGCGCAGGAGGAUGCCGGAGCCCAGGGGGUGCCGGGGCCAGCGUGCCGAGAAAGUUCCCCACGUGCCCGGAGCACGAAAUGGAGAACUACAGCAUGUACUGCGUGAGCUGUCGGAGCCCAGUGUGCUACCUGUGCCUGGAGGAAGGCAGGCACAGCAAACACGAGGUGAAGCCGCUGGGAGCAACGUGGAAGCAGCACAAGGCCCAGCUGUCUCAGGCCUUAAAUGGGGUUUCAGAUAAAGCCAAAGAGGCGAAGGAGUUUCUGGUUCAGCUCAAGAACAUACUGCAGCAGAUCCAGGAAAAUGGGUUGGACUAUGAAGCUUGCCUCGUGGCACAGUGUGACGCCCUGGGGGAUGCACUGACUCGACAGAAAGCCAAGCUGCUCACCAAGGUGACGAAAGAGAGGGAGCACAAGCUGAAGAUGGUCUGGGACCAGAUCAAUCACUGCACACUGAAGCUGCGCCAGUCUACGGGCCUGAUGGAGUACUGCCUGGAGGUGAUCAAAGAGGACGACCCCUCUGGGUUCCUGCAGAUUUCAGAUGCCCUGAUCAAACGUGUGCAGGUGUCUCAGGAGCAGUGGGUCAAAGGUGCCCUGGAGCCCAAAGUAUCUGCAGAGUUUGACCUGACCCUGGACAGCGAGCCGCUGCUGCAAGCCAUCCACCAGCUGGAUUUCGUCCAGAUGAAAUGUAGGGUGCCACCUGUACCCCUGCUGCAGCUGGAGAAGUGCUGCACCCGCAAUAACAGUGUCACCCUGGCCUGGAGGACACCACCCUUCACCUACAGCCCUGCUGAUGGCUACAUCCUGGAGCUGGACGACGGUGAUGGGGGGCAGUUCCGGGAAGUGUAUGUUGGCAAGGAGACCCUGUGCACCAUUGACGGACUUCACUUUAACAGCACCUACAAUGCCAGAGUCAAAGCCUUCAACUCCUCUGGUGUCGGUCCCUACAGCAAGACCGUGGUCCUACAGACCUCUGAUGUGGCCUGGUUCACUUUUGACCCCAACUCUGGCCACCGGGACAUCAUCUUGUCUAAUGACAACCAGACAGCCACCUGCAGCAGCUAUGAUGACCGCGUGGUGCUAGGCACAGCUGCAUUCUCCAAAGGUGUGCACUACUGGGAGCUGCACGUGGACCGGUAUGACAACCACCCAGACCCUGCCUUCGGGGUGGCCAGGGCCAGCGUGGUCAAGGACAUGAUGCUGGGCAAGGACGACAAGGCCUGGGCCAUGUAUGUGGACAACAACCGCAGCUGGUUCCUGCACUGUAACUCCCACACCAACAGGACUGAAGGCGGUGUAUACAAGGGGGCCACUGUGGGCGUGCUGCUGGACCUGAACAAGCACACACUGACCUUCUUCAUCAAUGGGCAGCAGCAGGGCCCUACGGCCUUCAGUCACGUGGAUGGGGUCUUCAUGCCUGCUGUCAGCCUCAACCGAAAUGUGCAGGUCACCCUGCACUCAGGACUGGAGGUGCCAACAACCCUAGGACGGCCGAAGCCAUCAGGCAACUAGCCUGGUGGCUCCUGCUGCCUAGUUGGCUGUGAUGGAGGCCCUCACAAAGGACAAGGGCCAACAGGAAGUCCUGGGUCCCAGCAGUCAAUGAACAUCUGAAGAUGGUUUUUUGUGGGGAAUGGAGAAUGAAUGAGCUGUGAGCCACAUGGCCAUACUGUGGCUGCCUAUGUCAAGAAUGUCCUUUCAUCUCUAUGCCACAGAGCUUAUGGUCCCCAGGGUGCCCUCAAGACAGUGCUCCGGAAGGAAGCCUUUGGUUUCAGGCUUGUGUUUUCUGACAUCUUUUGAAAAGCUUGAUUUCCCCUUAUAUUUCCAAAGGAGAGAGGAAGGCUAACUUUUAAACCAGUAUCCCAAGAUGAGUCAGCACUGUGAUGCUACUCCAUGUCUGCAUGUAACCUGUUGCUAGGAUUCUGCUCCUUCUGGAGUCCCAGGCUGGCAGCUUGUCACCUCUGCUGGGAGAAACUGACCGUGAGCCUUUGGGAUUUGGAGUCUUCAAUACACUGUAAGCUAAUUCAGGACUAAUGGAAGGAACAUUAAUCAUUAAUGAAUAACUAGAACCCUUCAGAAGGACUUCCUUAAGGCUAUAUUAUUAACCAUGUGCUAUCAACACACACACACACACACACACACACACACACACACACACGGUGUGUAUAACAAUCAGUUAAAUUUUAUUCAUUCUGUUCUUAGUUACAAACGGAAACAUUGGAAUCCAAGACAGUGAUGUGGUAGCUUUUUCUAGAAUUCGCUUCUCCAGAAAUUGAUGGAAAUAUAUCUACACUGCCUCCCUGGGCUGGGCCUUGAGCACAGAAGCAGUAGACCCCAGAAAGGCCUUUCAUCAAAGCAAGGCCCCUAUAGCUUCACCCUGUGCCCUGCUGGAAGCAUCAUGGACAUGAGAAGUGGCCCUAAUGGCAACGUGGAUGGCUCUGUCAUGAUGGGACAGAUGAGACCCUGGAGAAAGGCUAAAGCUAGAUGACCACGCCCUACAGCUUCUCUUCCCACAUGAGCCAGGAGUCCCAGAGUGCAGGGAGGUCUCCUUCUGAGGAGUGAGCGCUGCUCUUACUGGUGAGGCUCACACGGAGUCAUCCCGCCUUCAGGUCCUGUGCCAUCACUUCCUGUCUCCCACAGUCUCCAGCUCUGCCUGGCAGUAACCUCGCUCUCUCCUUUGGGAAGAAUUCGCUUCAUCAGGUGUUUCAUUUUACACCGAGGAAUGACUUGCCUGUCAGCCGGGCUGGUUUUGUUUUCGUUUUUAAUCCGAUCCACCAGCCCCAACUGUGCUUCCUCACCUGCUUUGUCCAAAGGCCCUCGGUUCCCAAGUACCCACCACUGGGCUGCACAGACCCGCCAGUCCUACCUCAGAGUUCUUGCUUGUGGCCCUGUUUCCUCAGACACCCCAAUGCCACCAGGAGCAGUUCAGCAAAGUCCAGCCUCCACACUGGGCUCUUGAGCCACCUUCAUUGUAGAGGUGUAGCUUUGGCUUCCUUAGACUCUCUUCCUGCUAAGUGGUCUCUGGCUCAGUGGCUCUUAACUCUGUCCAGAGUCCUCAGGGCAGUCCACAAGACCCUGGAUACCACGUCCUCAGUUGCUCAGCAGGUCCUGAUGUCCCACAGCCACAGCUCUGGAAGACCCCAGCAGACGGAGGGAUGGGUGCUUCAACAUCAAGAAUGUGGAUGAGCCUCUGCCUUCCUGAACCCAGGAAAUCACGUGGCCAUGGUCAGGAGUGGUGGUGGUCCAGGUGUCUGACUCUCUCGUGGAAGUGUCCAGAAACCCUGGAGUAAGAACAAGCAGAAAGACUGGCCAGAGGUAGCCACACAGUCUUCAAAGCCUGGGUCGAGCACCUGCCCGAGGAGCAGGAGUCACUUGGGCAGACCUGGACCUGUGGCUGACUUUGUUUGGGGAGAUAAGGAAAUGACCACAAUUACAGGUGACUUUUUUUUUUCUGGUGCUGGAGAAUCCAACCCAUGGCCUUGCACAUGCUAGGAAAGUGAUCGACCACAGAGCCCCCAGAGCUCUAGGAGGUCACUUUCCUCCUCUCUUUUUCCUCCUCCUCCUCUUACUCUCCCUCCCCCUUCUUUAGUUUGUUUGAGACAUGGUCUCACACUGUAGCCCAGGCUGGCCUGGAAUUCACUAUAUAGCUCAGGCUGGCCUUGAAUCACAGCAAUCCUCCUGCCUCAGCCUCCUGAGUACUGAGAUUACAGAGGUGAGCAUCACACCCAACCCAGGUGACCUCUUUAAGGAGGUUCCCUGGAGUUGAACAAGGAAGACCCCCUUCCCAGAUCCCACAGCAGCACGGGUGGGGGGAGCUAAAUGUCUCCCUUUGCUCACUAGAACCCAGAAGCAAUACGCUGAUGCCAGGGACAAGCAGGCAGCCCUGCACAGCCAUUUCCCUUGCCUUCUGCACAGGGCACCUUUCAGGGACAAGGUUGCAUGGAUAAGAGAAGGGUAAGGCAGUUCUGCACUCUUGGCUGUCUGAGGCAAUCAGAAAAGUGAAGGAACUUAACUCCUCACAGUGCAAGGCCCAGGAAAUGAGAGCUACAGACAGAUCAUGGCGUCUUAGCACACUGAGUCCUUAGCAGCUGGCACUGAGGUGACACUGCUGUGUAUAAACAUCAAGGUGAGGCCUUUCCUGGUGGGCCACCGAGAAGGAACUUGGGGUAAGUCUGUAAGAAAGAAAUUCAACUCUAAGCCUGCUGUCUGUGUGGGUCAGUGAAUGCCAAUCCCUUUGAAAUGAAUGUCCUUGACGAGUACCCACUGGCACCUACUCUAUACACAGCGCCUCCUCCCUCCCAGCUGGACAGCAGUACCCACAACCCAGGCUUUUCCCCCUCUGUCCUGUCUGGAGGCAGGUCUCAGUGUUAGAGGGCAACUGCCUGGCCUUGGCACUCUCACACUGCGUGUGGUCCAGGCGGCACCUUCAGCCCUUUGUUUGCUCUGUGAUUCCACAAAUGUCCUUAGCUGCCCUGUAGCCCCAGGGAGUUCAGAGCCAGGAAGCAAUAUGCUACCAGGAUGAGCGCUGAAACAUGGGCAAGCUCUGCAAGAGAUGGGGAAUGCCCACUUUACUGAGUCCUUCCUCUUGCUCCUGUUGCCCUACCCCUUAUCUGGCCCUCUUAGGUCAGGGCUAGAGUGCAGUGUCCAUGUGAAUUUACCUGGGUCAACAUGUCGGCCUUAACUCCAUUGAAAGGCUUGGAGAUAUGAUUCAGUGCAGGUGGUCUGGGUUUGCCCUUCAUGAGGCUACCUCCAAGCCCUAUAGCCUCUCAUUGCAGAGAGGCAAAGAGUGGAUAAAAUCAUCUGGGGGGAAUCUGGGAGUGUGAAGAACACCAUCACAGGACUGUGGGAGUCACCCCAGGGGUGCUUAAUGCUGACAUUUGGGGUGGGGACUGAGUGCUGUAAAGCAUUAAGCACCCCUCAUCUCUGUCCUCAAGAUGCCAAGAGCACCCCCAAUAAGUGUGACAAUCCCAAAUACCUAGAGAUAUCCAGAUGCUCCCUUGUGGCAGACCUGGAUCUGGGUCAUAUUGGUUUGUUGGGUUGUUGACAUUCACGGUAUUGGCACACAUUCCUGUGUCACAUAGGAGGUCUGUCCCAAAGCCACUGAUCUCAUGUUACCCCAGUGUAAGAAUUAUUCACAGGUCUUCAGUGGAGCAUGUGAGGAAAAAGGAGCUCACAUUUCUGCUCACUGAAGAUGGAAGCCAACACCACCUCCAUUCUUGGGAAGAAAAGCUCCUUCCCUUCAUUUUUCUUGGCCACACUUUCCUGAAGGAGCAGGGACAUCUUAAUGGAUUUGGGGCUCUCGAGGUGUUAAAGAAAUCUCAUCAUAUAUUGUUAGAAGAUGUUCAAAGUCCACACUGGUCCUGGGAAUUCUGUUACCCCAGGAACAGUCAGUUGUCAUGGACAGCCUGGUAUUGACUCCUGACUGAGGGAGUCCUGACAGCUGAGGUAAAAGGUGAAGAGGUGAAUUAAGCUAAAGAGGAGUCUUGAGGCAGAGACAUGACAGCAGAGUGUCUCUCAGCACUUACCUCCUAAAUUGACUUUGAUAUUGGCUCAUGGCAUGCAUGGGGUAGAUAUCCUAUGUUUUGUGCCUCAGUAUCUCCACCUGAAAACAGAACUGGCCAUACCAACCUACCUCCUCUCCGUAUUGUGUGGAUCAUGGAAUAGUCUCAUUGGUAAGGUCCAGGCUAAAUGGCUCACAUUCAGUGGCUCAAACCUGGGAGACUUUACCAUGUCUCUAACCACAAUGUCUUCCACCCAGGCUUCCUGUGAUCAGGCAAAUAUUUUUCCCAUAGCUGCCUGGCAUUUCAGAUAGUUCACAUGACAGCAAGCACAUCCCAUUAAUGGGGAGCCUGGGUUAAUGCCACGUUACAGGGCUUUAAACAGGUCAAACCUGUCAGUAACCAUCUCUUGAAUGCUAAAAGCAUCUAUAUGUGGUGUCCGCUAAGCCAAGAAAAGAUAUUAUUCAGCCUUCUGCCUCCUGUUCCUUCAGUUCUGGUCUUUAAGGAAUCCCCCUACCCAUGGCCUUUCACUUUUGUUUCCCCAACAGUGGGGGUGGCUUUGGACACCUGAGAGUGUUACGACAUACAGCUGAACUGGACCUCAAGGGCGUGGCUAGUGACAAGUCAGUUUCAGGCAACUGAUUGCUGCUGGGACUUCUGGCACGAGCUAUGGAGGGCGGGAGCCUGGCGUUUUCCAUGACCAGUGCUGAAUUCAGUGGAAGGAGCUGGGACUUGACUCUAAGUGAGGUGAUUCCCUUGAGUGGUGCAGCACACUGAGGACCCAGCCGUCAACCCAGCCCUGGGAAAGAGCCCAGAGUUUGAGGGUUAGCGGUGUGGCUGGCACUGGGCACUAAGCCUCUGUGCAUGGUUCUUAGCAGAUGCUAUACAGGCCUUGGUAUGACUGCUGGAGCUCCUUGAUUGGCCCGUAGUGGCCUUUCAACUCCAAUCCCCCAGAGACUGGACUUCCUGAGCCCCCCCAUGUUCUCAGCACCAGCGGAGAGUGGGGUGUAGACACAACAGAAAACAUGAAUGCAUGAUUUAGAAUCGCCGCCUUUGCACUACACGGCACACUGAGCAUGAAAGGUGUUUGUACAAUGUUGGCAAAGGAAUUUAACAGAAACAGAAAGCUGUGUCCUGUUGUUUUGGCCCCGUUUUCCUGCCUUGCCUUGCCUUCUCUCCCCCACCCUCCCUACCACAUCGAUUCUGUCCCCAGUGGUUGGUAUUUGGUGGCAGCUCUUGGUCCUGUGGUUGUUGAUGUUUCGCUGAAAACACAGAGCGGUGGGCAGUGGUAAGGAAAGUAAUUUUUUCUAAUUUUUGUAUAGGUAUCCACAAGCGUUUGUAUUUUUUGAAUUGCAAACACUGUGUUUUCUGGUCUUUAGGGGGUUGGUUGAACUUCCUGUAUUACUUUUUGGAAAGCUUGAGUUUUACCACAUUCUUAAACAGAUUUGAAAUAAAUUCUUUUGACACUGCCAA